AUGCCAAACUUACCCGACCCAUAUGAAAAAUGUUCCCCAGAAUUUCUAAAUCCCCACGCUAUCAAACGAAUCGCUUUGAAAGAUUCGGCGAUGGUCGAUGUGCUUCGCGUAGAAUCACCAUCAUCGCUUUUCGUGCGACCCAUUGACCAUAUUAGGGAUCAAUUAGUCUAUCGGGAGCCUUAUCCAUUGACGCCAAUGGCCAAAUACGACGCAGGGAACUACGCGUUGGCUCCAAUUGAAGAGCGGGUUUUCGGGCGGUGCAUUAUUGUGAGAAAUAUCGAAUUAUUGGAGGCGUGUCGAGUAUUUUUCAUCGAUGAGGCUAUCACUGCGAAUGUCUCGUGGAAGUGCUUGUUUGAGAUUGAUGAGGAGCAGAGAUUCCAUCCGUGGCAAGUGAUGCAUGUCACGUUGGGAAGAAUGGUUUCGUUGACGAACGAAUGGACACUCGAACAACGUCAACAGUUCCUCGAUGUCAUUUCCAAGUUCCCGAAAUUUCAAAUAACCGCGUGCCAAGUAGACAUAGAAGAUCCGCAAAAAGAAACCGAGCGCCCGUCUCUUCUAGUCAAUUUAUAUGCUCUCGAUGAGGGACAAAGUGUCGAUGAGAAGGUGUCAAUUGAGGAGAUUUGUAGCGUUUCAAUGGACGAUGUUAUGGUUUCGAUAUUUCCAAUAAAUCUGACAGAAGAUCCGAAAUUGGCGGAGCUGGAUAAGGAACAGGAUAAUCUCGAAAUUAUUCUCCUUGAAGAGUUCCGUCGUUCCCUUCCACACGAUUGGAUUCACGAAGAGAGUCAAGAUUACGUGGAAGAAGACACCGAUUGGGAUAUAAAAACGUGUCAUAUCGCUGAAUGGAACGAGUCGCACCUCCAGAAAUACCUACAAGAAGACGGAUGUUUCUGGGGUUAUGUGACAACGAAUGUCAACUUUUCGCCGUGGGAAAUGCAUAUCACCCCGAUAAUUAAUCAGGGAGACGGGGCGAAUAACGAGGAGUGGAUAUUCGAUCAAAUUCAGGCGCUAAAAGAGAAACAGCUGGAAUUUGAUGAUUUCUACUCGAUGGUGAAGAAUCAGAGACCGUUGGAAGAGGAGGAAAUCCGUGUCGCGUUCAACUACGGCCGUCCUUACGCCAUGGCUUCCGUCCAACACCGAAAACGUGACGGAGCUCAAUGGUUGCGUUGUGAAAUUCUGGAAGUGAUGUCGAAUGACGUCGUGGCGAUUCGAUACGUGGAUCAAGGAUUCCGUGGAUUUGAAAAACUCAGAAAUCUCCAUAGACUUCAUGUUCAGCACACCGUUCAGCCACCAUUCAUGAUUGAAAUCGGCAAAUUUUUCAAGGAUAAUUCGCUGGCAGAGACGGAAAAAGAGUGGAGUGACUACUUCUGGCGAGAUAUCGUUCCGACCGAUGUGCCGAUCGUGGUGGGACCAAAACUACAGUUUCUGGAGACUGGAAAACUUCUGUACGAGGAGAUUCGAAAUAUUGGAGAGACGGAGAACCUUUUGGAUCAGAUCCCGCCCCUUGAGGAGAACACGGAGAAUACGGAUGAUUUGAGGACAGAAUUGGAUUGUGAAGAGGAGAAUUAUGAGAGUGAAGAGAGCGAUGAUAGUCUCGUUUAUUUCUGA